CCCCCCCUCGGGGCUCCACCCCCUGAAGGACCCCCGUGUGGCCCCAGCAGAGAGCCCGCAGCCAGCAGGAAUGGCCCCCGGGACCCCGAGGCCCCCCUCCCAGGGGUCAAUAACAUUCAAGGAUGUGGCUGUGGACUUCACCAAGGAAGAAUGGUAUCUAUUGGACCAUUCUCAGAAAGAGCUGUACCUGGAGGUUAUGCUGGAGAAUGUGCAAAAUCUACUCUCUGUGGGACUUCCAGUUCCUAGAGAAAAUUUUAUCUCCUUUUUUCAGCAAGGGGAAUCACCAUGGCUGCUUGAGGAAAAAGGCCUAUGGAACUCCUGUCCAGGCAGAGGCUAAUUUUGAUGUAAAGGAGAUGUCUCCAAAGUUGAGCUUUUUUGUGAAAGUAUCUUG